AUGGCGCCAAAGUUCGACCCCAACGAGGAGAAGGUCAUCCACCUCCGUGCCACUGGUGGUGAGGUUGGUGCUUCGUCUGCACUCGCCCCCAAGAUCGGUCCUCUUGGUCUCUCUCCCAAGAAGGUCGGUGAAGAUAUCGCCAAGGCCACUGGUGACUGGAAAGGUCUCCGUGUGACCGUCCGCCUCACCAUCAAGAACCGUCAGGCCGCCGUCUCCGUCGUUCCAUCGGCCUCGUCGCUCGUCAUCAAGGCCCUCAAGGAGCCCCCGCGUGACCGCAAGAAGGAGAAGAACAUCAAGCACACCAAGUCCAUUCCUCUCGACGAGAUCAUUGGUAUUGCCCGCACGAUGCGAUUCAAGUCCAUGGCCAAGGACCUCAAGGGCACCGUCAAGGAGAUUCUCGGCACUGCUUUCUCUACUGGUUGCCAGGUCGAUGGCCGGAGUCCAAAGGCAAUCUCCGACGACAUUGAGUCUGGCGAGAUUGAGAUCCCAGAAGAGUAA